AUGCCGGCCGUCGACGAGUUCCCUUCCGAGCGGAAGCAUACAAGCAGUUCUUACAGAGAUGAACUGGCGCAUUACAAGGCCCAGUAUGAAUCACUCGAGGCAGAGCUUGCAGACUUCCAAUCCUCCAGCCGGGAGCUGGAGACCGAGCUGGAGAAGGACAUCGAGGCGUCGGAAAAACGCGAGCGGCAACUGAAAGAGAAGCUGGACACGAUGCGCUACGAGGUUGAUGAAUGGAAGACCAAAUACAAGCAGUCUAAGACUGAGGGAAAUGCGGCGCAAAACAACCUGCAGAAGGAGAUCACCACCCUGCGAGACGCGAAUCGUACCCUUCAGCUGAGGCUGCGAGAUAUCGAAGUUGCCAACGAUGACUACGAGAGACAAGCCCGGAAUACCACCUCGUCCCUGGAGGACAUGGAGUCCAAGUACAACAUCGGAAUUGAGCGUGGAGUUCUGCUGGAAGAAGAAAUGAGAAGCGGAGAGCAAGAGCGAGAGCAGCUGCGGAUUGAUAACCAGCGCCUGAGAGAUGAACUAUCCGACCUGAAGAUCGAGGCUGAGAUUGUGCAAGAAAAGCUUCGCAACGCUGAAGGGCACGGGAACUUCCGUCGCCGCAAGCCCACACCGCUGUAUCACCGCAGCCCAGCAACACCGCAAAGCCUAGAGAUCUUUGACCGCUCACCUGGCACUGCAACCUCCUCUCCUGUCUUUGCCACGCCUCCGGCGAAACCAUCCCUCGCAUCGGCGGCAGCAACCCCGCCCUCGCCUCCAAUCUCCGAAUCCUCCAUGAACAUGCGAAAGUCGAUCAAUACGAGCAGUGUGCCUAGUUUCCCGCGACAGAGGGCUGCCGGUGCAGAGCCCGUCAACUCUCGAACCCUUCAUGCGCGGACCCAGACACGAACCAGUACCCAGCCACGCCCCCCUACUCACUCUCGAACCCCAUCUCUCGCCUACAGUAACGGUGCCUACAGCAAUGGCAAUGGCCGUUCCACCCCAUCAAUGUCGAUCUCGUCUCGCAACAGCAUGAAGGCCAGCACCUCACGGGCUCCACCGGGGCUCCCGAAGUCUGGAUCCUUGUACCAGAUCCGUGGGUUGAUCGGCAAGAUGCAAAAGCUUGAAGAGCGCGUGCAAUCAGCCAAAUCGCGCUUGCCUGCGCCCUCGGAUACGUCCUCUCUUGGCUCGCCUCGCUCCGGGUCCGUGGUUGGCGACAGCCCAGUCGCAUCGUCCAUCACCGUGCGACGGAAUUCUCGUAAACGACUGAGCAACAGCAGCCUUGGAUCUUCCGCCCGGGAAAGUGAAGGGGCUCCCUCGUACCAGCCGCAAAGCCGCCAGUCCUUUGGACGCACCGGUGAGAGCCGGCCGAGCAGCCGAACCAGCUAUUCCAGCCGCAGCUCUUUCAGCCAAAGCGUCCACUCCGGUGUCCCUGUCAACGGCAGGCCCGAAAGUCGAUCUAGUCGGCCUGGUGCCAAGACCCCAAUCGGCCACUACUCGACCAACCCCAUGACCGAGGGCCGUCGACCGCGGUCAUCUCUCAGUAACCAUGCCGGUCAGCUCCCGAACAUCGCCGGAAUGUGCCUCAUCGAUGAAGAUCACGACCAGGAAAUCUCUACUCCCACCACCACCGCGCAGACCUCCCCCGAGGUUCGACGGCCCUCUGUUACGGCGACCCCCACCCCGGUAGUCAAGAAGCGAACCAUCAGUGGCAUUCCGGCACCCCGAAGCUUCAAGACCAGCAUCGGACCCGGUAGCAUGCCGCCCCCCAGCCGGAAGCCCCAGGCCAACGACCUUGGGGAGACGUUCUGA